GAUGUUGUUUGUCAGGCAGGCAGCGGCUCUGUGCGUACGGGGACGCGGGGCAGAGUGGGAGCCUCUCUCCUGGAUUUCUGCAUCAUUUCCCUCCACAUGCCGCUGAAUUCCGUCCUUUGUUGAGGCUUUGUUGUCAGUAGUCAUCACCGCUGGGACAGUAAAAGCAUCCGUGUGCUUCUUCCUGAGACGGUGGCUCGGGAUGCUGGCGCUGGUCUGAGAGCGCCCACCGUGCGGAGCCUUCCUCUGGAUUUUCCCGUCAACUUGCUCCCUAUGAGUUAACUUCUGAAAUGCCUCGCUUUGCUAUGGGCUCGGUGCAAAGCUGGAGAGGAGCAGCCACUACGUGACAACACCCGAACACGACGCUGCUUCGAUGAUCAUCUUCGCCGGGAUUUACUCAGCUGUGGAGAUUUGAAUAGGAAAUUGAUGCAUCUCGGCGUGUCUGAGUCCAUGAGAGAGUGCGAGUACAGCCAGAUAAGCACUCGCAGCUCGACACCAAUGGAGACCCCUUACAAGAAAAGGACCCCCAAAAAGAAAAAGUGGGAAUCGUUUCCCGGUCGGAAUAAAUUCUUCUGUGAUGGCAGGAUUAUGAUGGCCAAGCAGACGGGGGUCUUCUACCUCACCCUCAUCCUUAUUCUGCUGACAUGUGGACUUUUCUUCACCUUUGAUUGUCCGUUCCUGGCGCUGAGGUUGACGCCGGCCAUCCCAGUAGUGGGGGGCGCUCUGUUUCUUUUUGUUCUGGGGACACUGCUCAGAACAAGUUUCAGCGACCCGGGAGUGCUGCCCCGGGCCACCCCAGAUGAAGCUGCAGACUUGGAAAGACAGAUAGAUGUGGCUAACGGCAGUACAGGCUACAGGCCUCCACCCAGGACCAAGGAAGUGGUCAUCAAUGGCCAAACGGUCAAACUCAAGUACUGCUUCACCUGCAAAAUUUUCAGACCACCACGUGCCUCCCACUGCAGCCUCUGUGACAAUUGUGUGGAGCGCUUCGACCACCACUGUCCCUGGGUGGGGAACUGCGUGGGAAGGAGGAACUACCGCUUUUUCUACAUGUUCAUCCUCUCGCUCUCCUUCCUCACCAUCUUCAUCUUUGCCUUUGUCAUCACACACAUCAUUUUACGCUCCCAUCAGAGUGACUUCCUCAGUGCACUUAAAGAGAGUCCUGCCAGUGUGUUGGAGGUGGUGGUGUGUUUCUUCUCCGUCUGGUCCAUAGUGGGACUCUCCGGCUUCCACACCUACCUGAUCAGCUCCAACCAGACGACGAACGAAGACAUCAAAGGCUCAUGGUCUUCUAAACGAGGCAAAGACAACUACAACCCCUACAGCCACGGCAACAUCCUCACCAACUGCUGCGCUGCUCUGUGUGGACCUCUGCCGCCCAGUUUGAUUGACAGACGUGGAUUUGUCCAGUCAGACGCCCCACAGCCAACACCGCCCACCAACGGCAUCACCAUGUACGGGGCCACGCAGUCUCAGCAGAGUCACAUGGUGUCGCUGUGAGACAGGAAGAGGAGAGACAGCUAGAGAUGGAGAGUAGAUCCGCUGACAGAAGACAGACGGCUAGAGAUGAGAGAAGACAGCAAGUGUUGGAUGAGUUUUUCUGCCAGAGAAGGGCACCACCUGCUGGUGUCGAGUGCUUACUACAGUCAGAUCGAUAUUUCACUUUCCUCUUUUUCUGUUACUGUGCAAAAUAAUAAAAGGAGUCUGCGCUCCACACUGAAGUAUUGGACCGACAUACAUGCAUACAACAACAAAAGAAACUAGUGAGAAGUUGAUAAAAUGGAGGUUUAAAUUCAGAUUCUACUUUGAAAAAUGUGUGGUUAUUGUAACUUUAAGGAAAAAACUGUAUAAAUGCUUCUUUUUUAAAUAUUGCAAAGAACAAAUAUAUUUGUCAUAAGUGAGUACCCAUCUAGAAUGUAAAACUAGACAUUAUUAUUAGACAUAUCUUUGUGUAUUCAUGUUUAUUCAAAUUGGUUGCAUUUCAAACUAGAAUAUAAAUUAAUGGAUGCUGCAGACGUCUAUGAUAAUGGUUUAAAAUGUUUUUUCUGCUCUGUCAUCUAAAAAGAAAUAGAAGAAAAAUAAUAUUAAGUGGAAAACCUUGAAUUGUUGUCUUACUGCAUAGAAUAGAUUGAUUGAUACAUAGAAUAAUUUGUGUUUUAGAUAGUCUGUCAGUCUACACCCAAGUGCCAAUAAGGGGUCAAAGGUCACUGGCCUGCGGCUGGUGUUAUGCGUCAAUAACUGGUUCUGACCCAAUUUCCUGCUCCAGUUUGACAUGAGACGGUGAGAGCCAUGGUUAUCAGGACACGGCAGUAGUGUUGCGACAUAAAAAGAAAAUGUUUCUCAAAACAUUAUUUUAAUAAAAUAAUUGACUCAAUAGAAAUUCCUGUUUUCCACGGGUGGUUCUGUGUUAUGCUUCGGGACUCGGGCACUAACAGCUUCUCCCUCUCUCUCACCUCCUCCACCUCCUCCUUCUCUCUUCUUCCACCUCCUCCUC